GGUCUUAUCGAUGAAUAAAACUAUUUGCGGGACAUUUUGUUGAUUUACAACCUAAAAGCAAUCAAAUUAUAUUUGCUUCCGACUUAAGCGUCUUAUUGAUCCUACGAUAUUAAACACGCCAAGUUAGGAAUAAACCAAGCAAAAUCAGUAAUUACUCUUGUAAGCGACAAUGUAGAUUUGAAGAAAUAGCAGCAAAAGGAAACGGACAUUGAAUAAGCGGUUUCAACAUUGACGUACACCAUUACAAGAAAUCUUGAACAUGUCUGCGACAAAAUCCGAGAUAUUAUCAUCACCUAAUUAUUGUAAUGACAUAUAAUUACGUUUUUACAGUAACACGUAUGGACGUCAUUGAACAAGUGGAAGAGAGUAGUAUACUACAGAGAUAUUCAGAGGCAAAAAUCCGUGAAUUACGAGAGGCAUUUCGUCUGUUCGAUAAAGAUGGCGACGGAUCCAUCAGUACAGAUGAACUAGGAACAGUUAUGAGAAAUCUAGGACAAUUUCCAUCUUCUGAUGAAAUAUCACAAAUGAUUAAGGAAAUCGAUAUUGAUGGCGAUGGAACGUUUAGUUUUGAAGAAUUUGUACAAGUAAUGGCCAACAUGGGAGGUAUCAGUGAACAAUCAGAGGAGGACGAAGAAGAGGAACUAAGACAAGCUUUUAGAGUUUUUGACAAAUCAGGAUGUGGUUACAUAGCGGCAUCAGAUCUCAGGGCAGUAUUGCAAUGCAUCGGUGAAGAUUUAACAGAAGAUGAAAUUGAUGAAAUGAUUGCUGAAGUAGAUAUUGAUGGAGAUGGAAGAAUAGAUUUCGAUGAAUUUAUUGCAUGCAUGUGUGAAGAUGCACCACAGAAGUCUACAGCAUAAUUUUCCAUAUUGUGAAUAUUGAAUUGCAAUGAAAACGGACUUUGGUAGUGCGAUCUAAUAUGAUCAAACAUUCAUCAGUUCAUAUAUAAGAACGACCGACUUCAGUAGUAUUUGUGUUUUGUAUUAUGUACUAUAUUAAUACUUACUUUCUCUUUAUAAACGAUAACUAUGUAAUAUUAAAUUAAUACAUGUACAUCAGUGUUAAAUAGAAUUUGUUAUACAAAUACUUAUUAUCAGUAAAGUCGAGUUAUUGGAUAAAGUAUUGUGCAAGUCCAAUAGUUAUGACGACGUCAUAACAAUUAUUAAAAUAGCCUUUCAAUACCGUUAUAAUCAUGAUAAUAGUUUGAACUAGUAUUGUGAAAAUAAUUGUAUGAAUUGCAAAAUUAUAUAUUCGUGACAAGAA